UGUAGCAGCUUAUUUGGUGUGUGCACGGUGGCCGCGAAACGGCCCGGAAGUGACCGCGAAUCGUCUGACGGCGAAACGUCCAGUGGUCCGACGGUGCCGACUUACUUCCGGGUUGGCACACAUUGCCAGAUGACUGUGCAAAAGUGAUGCUGCACACCUGACGCUGUACACCUGACGCUGCACAUCUGACGCCGUACACCUGACGCCGCACACCUGACGUACCUUCUGUGAGUUCAGUUGUAAGCCGGUCGACGAGGCAUAACAUUACCUACUCUGUAACCCUCGCAAGACCAUGGACCCGGCCGUACCCGUCCCCCUGGCCCCUCCCCUGCUGUCCAGCCUGGCCGACUCUGCUAAGGACUGGGCCAUCCUCCACGGCGUCGCCAUGAGAACCAAGGAGCAGCCGGAGUCUUCAGAUGUCGUCAACUUUGCACCUUUCCUGCUGCUGCCAUCACCUGUACCCAGAGUGCUGUUUGACCAGGCGAAGGCGGUGCAGCGAGACUUUAACCUGCUGGUCCACCGGCUCAGCCAGGACCGAAACUUCCUCACCACCUGCCUCAAAAGUACUGUCCAGGUAGACAAGUUCACCUAUCGGCUGUUCGACAUCUACAGGCAGGUGCAGCAGGAGGGCGUGGCUCAGCCUGUUUGCCUGGGGCUGCACAGGUCAGAUUACAUGCUCGACUCUCCCAGUGGGUCCAGCCAGGAAAACGGGGAACCUGUUGCCAAGCAACCGCGCCUGGACACGCCCGACAACGGUAGCCAUGGGAACGGAGAACCACGGCUGGACCAGCUGCAGCUGAAACAGAUUGAGAUCAACUGUAUUGCCUCGAGUUUCGGGGGUCUGGGGACACAGAUGCCAGACUUACACAGGCAUGUUUUACGACUCUGCGAGGUUUCCAGGUUCACCACCGACCGGCAUUUGCCACAGAACCGGGCAGUGUGGAGUUUAGCAGAGGGCCUGGCAGCAGCCUGGGAGCUGUACGGGGAACGCAGUGCCAUCAUCGUGUUUGUAGUCCAGGAGGAGAACAGGAACGCGAUGGACCAGCGCUGGCUGGAGUUCGCCGCCAUGGACAGGAACCCCAGCAUCAGGGUCAGACGUUACACACUGACAGAGAUCCACCACAAGGGAGAACUCAGGCCUGAUAAAACACUACUCGUAGAUGGUCUGGAGGUGGCAGUGGCAUACUUCAGGGCAGGAUACGUUCCACCAGACUACCCCACUGAACAUGAGUGGAGGGCCCGAUUGCAGAUAGAGCAGUCCAAAGCCAUCAAGUGCCCGUGCAUUUCCUACCAUCUCGCAGGCACUAAGAAAGUGCAACAGGAGCUAGCCCAGCCGGGGGUGUUGGAGCGGUUUUUAGAGGACCCUGCGGCAGUGGAGAGAGUCAGGGCGACAUUUGCAGGGCAGUACACACUAGAACUGGGAGCCCAGGGAGACCAGACGGUGCAGAUGGUGAUGUCGGACCCCGGAAGGUUCGUGAUGAAGCCACAGAGAGAGGGCGGAGGCCACAACAUCUUUGGUGAGGACAUCCCGGCAGCUCUGCGCGGCAUGAAGGACCCGCAGCAGAGGACAGCGUACGUGGUCAUGGACCGGAUACGCCCGGCGGUGGUCAAUUACCUGGUACGGCCGGGCAGCGAGCCGCAGCUGACCGAGGCCGUCAGCGAACUGGGCAUAUUUGGGGUGUUCAUCGGGAAGGGGGGUGAAGUUGUUCUGAACCGGGAGGGCGGACAUCUUCUCCGGACCAAACCAUCCUCAACAGAAGACGGGGGUGUUGCUGCUGGCAAUGCCCUGUUGGACAGCCCAUACCUCAUCUAACACAUACCAGUUCUGAACCUGACCUCCCCUCCACCCUAGUGGUUUCUCCUGACUCGUCAGUCCCAAUAAGGCUUCAUCGCCUAUUUCUCAGAUGUACUUCUCAGAGUCAGACUUGCUUCUAGACUAACUAGGCAUAGAAAAAAUAGUUGUUUCCUUGU